UCUCCCAGUGUGAUAGAGAUAGAUUACACAGAGGAGAGAGAGAAUAAUAAUAAUAAUAUAAGAUGAAAUCCCCCAAAACAGGCAGCACCUAUCAAUGAAGGAAUUAAAGAAGGAAGCAACAGCAGCAGCAAAGAAAGAAAGAAAGAGGUUGCCUUAAUGGCUAUGGCGGCGUGGCAGACCUGUAAAUUUUUAGCUUCUUUAAUGCUCACGUACAGCAACCACACAAUUGAAUGAAAAAAAGUCUUUUCAAUUUUUUUUUUCAAACCAGUUUCAGAAUUGAGAUGUGUUUUAAAGUUUGAUUUUUCUUUAAAAACAAUAAUUAAGGUGUCUAGAAUAAAUAUAUAGGGUUAGGAGUGAAGACAUAAAUAGAGUUUAGGUUGUAUUUUCAUAUGCUAUGGAUGAGUCACAAUUGGGGUGUUGUAGGAGUACUUGUCACUUGCAGAACCUAUGGCUGGCUUCUUCUCAUUAGGAUCUGCAACUUAUCAUAAUCAACAAGACCCUAGCGCCAACACAAACACAACCACAAACACCAACAUACUACAUCUUGCUUCAAAUCCCACUUCUAACUCAAACCCUACGGAAUCCAGCAGCUGGUUCUUGUACAGUUCAACAAGAAACACCCAUGACCACCGCCCCACCACCACCAAAGACUUUGAGCUGUGGCAGCAGCAGCAGCAGCAGCCCCCACAAGCUCACAACUUGCUAGCUGGGGCAGGUAAUACUAUGACUGGUGGUGGUGGGGAGGGGGGGAGGCUUAUUAAUUUCUCAGAUGAAUCAACAUGGGGAUCUGCGGCUUUUGUGAUGAUGGGGCAUGGUGUCAACGGCGGUGGUGCUAGUGGUGGUGUGAGCUGCCAGGACUGUGGAAACCAGGCUAAGAAAGACUGUCCACAUAUGAGAUGUAGAACUUGUUGCAAGAGCAGAGGGUUUCAGUGCCAAACGCACGUGAAAAGCACGUGGGUUCCGGCGGCUAAACGCCGUGAGAGACAACAGUAUCUCUCCGCCACACAGCAAGAUCACCACCGCCGCCGUCUGCUGCCCAACACCAAAAGGGCAAGAUCAACUCAAGAUCAUGAUCAAAACACUAGUCUGGUUAAUCCAAUUACUACCACUGCUGCUACUGCUACUGCUGUUGCGUACAACUCAUCAGGGUUUGAGCUAGGUAAUUUUCCAUCAGAAUUGACAACUCCAGCAAACUUCAGAUGCGUAAGGGUAAGCUCGAUCGAUGAAACUGAUGAUCAAUUCGCGUAUCAAGCGGCGGUGAAUAUUGGCGGACAUUUGUUUAAAGGAAUUCUGUAUGAUCAAGGCCCGGAAAGUCAAUACAUGGGGGGAGACACCUCUUCUGGUGGCAGUGCCGGGAUCCCUCAGCUGAAUCUCACCACAACCUCCCCGGGUAAUUCUACCGCGGCAGCAAAUUUUAUCGGUCAUUCUUUAUAUCCCUCUCUCGGUGGCAACGAUUACAUGACGAGUACGCAAUUUUUCCAUCAAAUUUCAAGAGAUUAACCACUCGUCAAUCAUCGCUUAAUAAUCAAUAUCUACGGUUCUACACACGAAUUGCACUUGUUAAUUAGUGUUGUUUUGGGGCUGUUUAUGUCACAACCUACAAUAUAUUAGCUCAAAAUAUUAAGGUUGUGAUUUCUUUUUAUUUUUUUCUCAUUAUAUUUCCGUUACACAUUCCGAUGCAAAGUUGAAUUUAAGGUCCAAUAUUUUAUACCCU